GUUUGUCACUCUGCCUCUCGGGUUCUGGCAGCAGGUCGGUGGGUGAAAGGGCUCUGGACCUCUCACUUCCACUCAGCCAUGGAGCUUCAGCGUGCAGCACUGGCCACUCUGUUCCUGCUCACACUGCUGUCGUCGGAGUGCAAUGGCAGGAACGAAGAGGAGCGUGUUAUUGAAUACGUGUUCAAAGAGAUGGGAUACAACAAGGAGCUGCGCCCCGUCGAGAAGCAGCAGGAUGUUGUCGAUGUUAACCUCGCCCUCACGCUCUCCAACCUCAUCUCUCUGGUUCGCAGCUUCUAAAGAAGUAGAUGAGACGCUGCUGACGAACGUGUGGCUGGAAAUUACGUGGACUGACUACCGGCUGACGUGGAAUUCCACAGAGUUUGGUGGCAUUGAGAUACUCCGGCUGCCGCCCAGCAUGGUGUGGCUGCCGGAGAUCGUUCUGGAAAACAAUAAUGAUGCCCAGUUUGAAGUGGCCUACUACAGUAAUGUACUGGUGUAUGAAAAUGGUUUCUGCUACUGGUUGCCACCGGCCAUCUUCCGCUCCUCCUGCUCCAUCAACGUCAGAUACUUCCCCUUCGACUGGCAGAACUGCACGCUCAAGUUCACCUCUCUGACCUACAACGCCAAAGAGAUCCGGAUGCUCCUGAAAGAAGAAUACGCCGGAGAAGUCGCCAACUAUACAGUAGAGUGGGUCGUUAUUGACCCUGCUAGCUUUACAGAAAACGGUGAGUGGGAGAUCGUCCACCGGCCAGCCAAGAGAAACAUCUACAAGCACAUCCCCAUGGACAGCAACAAGCACCAGGACAUCACCUUCUACCUGAUCAUCAAACGCAAACCUCUGUUCUACAUUGUCAACAUCAUCAUUCCCUGUGUGCUCAUCUCCUUCCUGGCCUGCCUCGUCUACUACCUGCCCGCUGACAGUGGCGAGAAGAUGACCUUGUCCAUCUCUGUGCUGCUCGCUCAGUCUGUCUUCCUGCUGCUGAUCUCUCAAAGGCUGCCGGAAACUUCCAUGUCUGUGCCGCUUAUUGUUAAGUAUUUGAUGUUCAUCAUGGUGCUGGUUACUGUGGUCGUUUUAAACUGUGUGGUCGUCCUCAACCUGCACUUCAGGACGCCGAGCACGCACGUCAUGACUGAGUGGACCAAGAGGUUUUUCCUCGAACGGUUGCCUCGGCUCUUGCUCAUGUCCCACCCUGCGGAGGCAGAGCCAGCGUGGGAUGGAGCGUUGCCGCGACGAUCGAGUUCAGUGGGUUACAUCGCCAAAGCGGACGAGUACUACACCGUCAAGUCUCGCAGCGAGCUGAUGUUUGAGAAACAAUCGGAGAGACACGGCUUCACCACUCGAGUCACCCAUGCAGCAUUGGUGAAACCCCAGGAUGAUGGAGGUGUGACGGAUCAGCUGUACUCUGAAAUGAAGCCAGCUGUGGACGGAGCGAACUACAUCAUCAAACACAUGCGCAACAAGAACGAAUACAACGAGGAGAAAGAUAACUGGAGCGGCAUCGCUCGCACCGUCGACCGUCUCUGCCUCUUCCUGAUCACUCCUGUGAUGAUCUUUGGCACCAUCAUCAUCUUCUUGAUGGGAGCCUGCAACAGUCCUCCACGUCUGCCCUUUGAAGGAGACCCGCAUGACUACAUGGAGAACCAUGCACGUCUGCUGUAGCACAUGAACAAAAGCACCCAACACAGCAGAGAGCGCUGUUACUGUGUUCAUAUCCUGAGGUUUGUUACUCUGUAUGACAAAAUACUGUAGCUGAGUGUGUUUUCUUGUGUUGAAUGAAUAAGUCUGUAUUUGAUUUAAUCCAGGGUUUGUGGUUUGAAUAAAGAUUUAUAAUCAGA